GAACGGUUUUGUUGUCUUUAGGUUUCAUAGCCUCGAACGAAACAGAGAAAAUGUAUGACUCCUUUAACAUCUCCAUGAUAAUUCUUUUGGAUUUUUUUGCUUUUAUCAGGCUGUGUGGUUGCAUGGCAGCCACAUAAAUCUUUAUAUCAUCUUAUCUCAUUCACCUUAUCUGUUGUUUUCAGCUUGUAGUAGUUUGCAAGGUGGUGGAAGUUAAAAAAAUGCUAAAGCAGGGGCUUGGUUGCUGCAAAGUGUACAUAUCUGAGAGCCGAAACAAGGCAGCAUUGGAUUUGAUUGAAAGAGCAGCAAAGUUGUUCCCCGAAGCACAAAUCAUCAACAAGUUUGAAGAUGUGACCUACAACAGAGUUGGAUACACACUUGUUGCAAGUUUGGAUCCAAACCCGUCACCUGCAGAUAAUAGUCCAUUGAAGAGUUCAGUGUUCGCCAUGGUUAAGGCUGCGUUUGAAGCAAUUGACCUCGAGCAUCAUGCUGGGUCUCACCCUAGACUUGGUGUUGUGGACCAUAUCUGUUUCCAUCCACUUGCUCAGGCAUCUCUGGAACAGGCAGCCUGGGUUGCUAAGUCCUUGGCAGCCGAUGUUGGUUCUCAACUCAAAGUGCCGACUUUUCUGUAUGGUGCUGCCAGUAAUGAAAGGAGGAAGCUAGAUUCAAUCAGGAGGGAAUUAGGCUACUUUAAGCCGAAUUCUGGAAACCAGUGGGUUGGAGGUCCAGAAUCAGAAACCCUGCCUCUGAAACCAGACGAAGGACCCUGUGAAGUGAAUCAAGCAAAAGGUGUCCUUGUCGUCGGAGCAACCAAGUGGGUUGAUAACUACAAUGUCCCCGUCUUCUCCACCGACAUGGCUGCCAUUCGAAGAAUCGCGAAAAGGGUAAGCACGAGAGGUGGCGGGUUGGCUUCUGUGCAGGCAAUGGCACUUGCUCACGAGGACAAUGUGAUUGAGGUUGCUUGUAACUUGUUGGAGCCGAGUAAUGUUGGAGGAGACAGAGUUCAGCAAGAAGUCGAGCAGCUUGGUGUGGAAGAAGGAGUUGGUGUAGGGAAAGGUUAUUACACUGAUUUCUCGCAGGAGAAGAUAGUUGAGAGUUACUUGAAGCUUGCUGGUCAGGCUAUGUGAGAAGUGUACAAUCUGCAUCAUCACGUUGUAGGAUUUGCUGCUCUGUUGCUGGUCAAGUUAUUCAUUUUCCAACAUUUCCAUUCUACUAGUUGUUGUAAUUGUAAGAUACUCGAGACUGAAGUUUACUUUCUGCCAAUGCUUUUGCAGCAGUCUUCCAGAACGACAAACUGGGGCACUGAUGUUUUGUUCUUAGAAGAGGGAAACUUGCUUGGGGCAAAUUUGAAGAGGGAAACUCACUUGUAAUCCACCACCAUUAAGGGAAAGGAUUUGUGUUACUUCCAUCAGUUUAAUACAUUAUCCAAUAUAGUUGUCACAGAUAACAAAAGCUACAUUUAAUCAUUUGAUAAGAUUGAACAACAACCAAAAAUGCAUCUGCAAUUAUCAAAAGAGAAAGAAAAUGCAUUUGAUGGGUACAGCUGAUGUGUCACGGGCACAUAUUCCUGUGGGCUGUGUCCUGUUGGCUCUACAGGUGUGUAUCUAACAACUUAGGAUAAGAGCCUGAAAAGAAUCUGUUGGCUGGAAGUGGUUCUGGAGCCCAUCCAAUCUCAAAGAUCCCACAAAAUAGUUUUCAGUCCUUAUCUCGUGUUUCAUGCACAAUUACUCAAAUUCGGGUCAUCAUAGCAGUAGAGUGUGGGCAACAAUUUAGUCAGAGGAGGAAAUCCAUCACGAGUGGAUUGGACCGAAUUAAAAUAAAUAUAUGCAAUUUGU